ACGUACGAAAUUUUUUGUUCAUAUAUCUAUACAAAUGUAAAUGUAAUUUAACAAAAGACUAUCGAAAAAUAUGACUGAUGAAAAAAUAUUACUUAUAAAACAUGAACUCUCAUCAAAGUUAUAGAAAUUCACCAACAAAUUGGACAUUAGGAGACGCCAUGAAGUAUAAUUUACGAUGCAACCGAAAUAUUAGCGAGAAAAUGACGAAAAAAGAUUUCGUAUACGAUAUUCGCCCACCAAUUCAAAGUUCCAGGAAGUUGGAAGAAGGAAAAUAUCCAAUUGUAUUACCAUUACAACUACGAAAGAAACAAAGUACUGAUUCAAAAGUGCCUCAAUAUGCUGUUAUUUCGGAAAAAAACAAUUAUAACGAAAAUGUUGGUACAAUAAAUGUUUCAGGACAACGAACCUUAAAAUUUGAAUGUAAUUUUUGUCACGAGCAAAUAGCUACACUUUUAUCGUUGUCCACGCACGUAAAAUGUCAUCGACGAAGAUAUUGCAAAUAUUGUUACUGGAUACUAUCAGGAAACGAAACAAUGGAAAAACAUCUCGAAGAUACUCAUCGAAUUGAUCCAGAAUGAUCAACAGCUGUGACAUCAUCAUUCAUGAAGUUCAUAAUAAAAAAAGUCUGAUGGAUAACGAAACUUCGUUGUAUGAUAUAUCUUUAAAUGAAGAGUACAUUCUUGACAGGAUUGAUAUAAGAGUAAUUUUUAUUACGCUUUAUACCA